AUGGCCUUAUACGAAUCACAAGGAGGCAACGAGAAGUUGAGAGGCGUUUACGGGUUGGAAAAGAAGACUGGAAGAGCAGCGGGAAGACCGACCGGAGUCGAGGACGAGGGGCACGCAAACUGUCGAAAGGGAGGCGGACCGGCUCUGCUGUCCCUCCCCCAGUCCGAUAUUAACUCUGCGCCUCUGCACAGACGCCUUGAUAACCAUGCCGUAGGCGUCUUCGGCGCCUCAAUCAACCGUUUGAUGGAGUGCCAAAGUUCCCAAUGGCCUUAUUCGAGUGACGACGUGCGAAGGCUCAGCAUCUGA